CAGGCAAUCGGCCUGUAACCCCAAUGUCGAUACGGCCCUGAGGACAUACAUAUUUGUUCAAUCAAGCAGGGAGAAAUGAACUGUCACACGAUCGUCUAAUUAAAUCAUCACCAAAGCUUUCAUGUUACGGACGCUUUUACCCCACCACAUACACCAAGCAGUCGUCCGAAUUGCGAGAAGAAAUUACCUCCACAAGAUGAAGACUUUUUCCAACAUUGAGCUUAUCGACCAAGUAGACUCGUAUCCAUAUGGGCAGGACAAUGCGCAGCCUACUGAGACUCCUGGGUCUGUCUACACCCUCGUCUGGAAUGAUUCGGAGGGCGAGGUGCCUAUCGGGUAUGUCUUGCCAAGGGUGGUGGAAAAGCUGCUCGAGGCACCCGGCAUCUUAAAGGGCGAGAUCCAGGUCAACUCAGAGAAGCGUACCGUUCGCGCCUUUCAAGGACCGACAUUAGAUAGUCGCAGCAAUAUCGCGGCAGAUCUGUCCAGCUAUUGGAGAACCAACGACAUCUUCCCCAUCCUCCGUGGCUGGCGCGACGAGCUGUGGCCUGUUUACGGCCGCCAUGGCGAGCUUCUCUUCGAUAUUGAGAGGACCGCCUCCGGAUUGUUUGGCGUCACGAGAUACGGCGUUCACAUGACGGGCUUUGUGCGCUGUCCAGAUGCGAGUCACGGUAUCAAGAUUUGGGUUCCGCGUCGCUCCCCAACCAAGUCGACGUUCCCCGGAAUGCUGGACAACACGGUGGCUGGUGGGCUGAUGACAGGCGAAGACCCAUUCGAGUGCGUAAUCCGCGAGGCAGACGAGGAAGCUAGCCUGCCGGAGCAGGUGGUUCGCCACCAGGCCAAGCACGUCGGCGGCGUAACGUACAUUUAUAUCACCGAGGCAGAGGCAGGCGAGGAGGGGCUCAUCUAUCCCGAAGUUCAAUGGAUUUAUGAUCUCGAGCUACCCGACGACGUUGUGCCGCAGCCAAAGGACGGCGAGGUGGCCGAGUUCAGCCUCUGCACCGUCGAGGAAGUCCAGGAGGGGUUGGCCAACGGAAAGUGGAAGCCCAACUGUGCGCUGGUCAUUCUCGACUUUUUUAUCCGCCACGGCAUCCUGACCAGAGCCAAUGAACCUGAAUACGAUCAUAUCGUACGAAGAAUCCACCGAAGACUUCCCUUCCCUGGGCCGCAUAACCAGGACCCAUCUUUAGGGGCCAUCAACGGCUGAGCCGACCAGACAGCCGAGGACGGAGGAUAUCGUCAACAGACCAACACGCCGAUUCUGUACUCUUCCUGAACGCCCUCAACUCUGACAACAUCCCAGUUCUCGAUUCUUCUCGGACAUAAUCCGGCUCGGUGGACUUUGUGUCGCCUCAGGUUUCGUGCGCGACCGAAUGGAACGAAGCGAAGCUGCAGGCUGCCCAUUGUAGGCAAUUCCAGCUGGCCCUUCAUCAUUUCUUGAUCAACAGAUAGACGUAGUCGACUCUCAGGGGAGUAAGCUUUUUGUAGGGGCCCUCGAGUGACAUCAAGAGACCGCCAAAGGAGACGUAGGCCUUGCUGUUAUGAGAACAUCGUUAGUUUCCCAAAUCAACAACCACCGAGCAUUCGCCGCGAGCACUAACAUGGUCUGGCCAUCAUCGGCAUCCUCGAACUUGUAAAUCUUUCCGUAGCAGACGUAGUCAAACAUGUCGGCGAGCGUGGGCUCCCGGUCUUGGUUCCCUUUAGUGACGUCCCUCCAUCCCUUCUCGUCGUCCUUGCUCCCGUCGUGGGCUAGGGAAGUAGCCAAGACCACGUGCAGACUGUCAGAAACGGAAGCAGGGAAUAGCUCGAUGUUGAUGUCAAGAGUCAUGAGAGUCUGGUUGUCUGUCGAAGUAGCGGAGAUUCGGGCAACUCGAUCGUACUUGGACUGAUCGUAGUUGGUAACAGUAAAGGACUCUUCGAAGAGGGUCACAUCGCCGCUGCCGGACAUGCUUGCGAGUUGGGUUUCGUACAAUGCCUUCAAGGCAAGAAAUUCGAGGUUCACUGUCGCAGGAGUUCGGAUCUUGAAAGGUACUUAGUAGUUGCCUGCGCAGAAGCUUCAGGUCAAAAUCGGGGAUGCGGGAUACGGCAGGAAGCUCUAGGAAAAAAUCCAAAGAGAUGGACUUAUCCAGCAUAGUAAGCAAUUGAAACCCCAAUGGGGCUGAAGU